GUCAUGAGAGAGAGAGAAAGCGGCAAAGUUGCAUCACAUGCAAUCCACUUUCACAUACAAAGCCAAAAUUUCCCUCACUAACAAGAAAGGCACAAACCCACAUCCCUUAUAAUCUAACACGCACCCUCUUCACUCUCAACCAAAACAAACUCCAGUAAACUACUUUCUCAUAUUGUUAUCCUGACUUAAGCAAAAUUGUCCCAAAACAUAUUUUAACCCAUCAAGCCCAUCCAGUUAGAGCCUUAACUGUCCUUUCUUUAUUUAUAUAUAGGUUUGUGGGAGUGAAUACUCAAUACUGAUUAACAAGAUGAGACAAGGAUUUUGUAGUUUACAGCAGGGUCUAACUGCUGAGGCAACAAACAUAGUGAAACAAGCAGUCACCCUUGCUAAACGCCGGGGUCAUGCACAAGUGACUCCUCUCCAUGUUGCAAGUGCUAUGCUUGCAUCUUCUACUGGUCUUCUUAGGAGGGCUUGCCUUCAAUCCCAUUCUCAUCCCCUCCAAUGCAAGGCCUUAGAGCUUUGCUUCAAUGUUGCUCUCAACCGCCUCCCUGCCUCUUCGCCAAGCCCAUUAUUAGGCCCUCACUAUCUCAAUCCUUCCCUCUCCAAUGCCUUGGUUGCAGCCUUCAAGCGUGCACAGGCACAUCAACGCCGUGGCUCUAUUGAAAACCAGCAACAACCCAUAUUAGCCCUCAAAAUAGAGUUAGAACAGCUCAUUAUCUCUAUUUUAGAUGACCCAAGUGUUAGUAGAGUCAUGAGAGAGGCUGGUUUUUCGAGCACCCAAGUGAAAAAUAGGGUAGAGCAAGCUGUUUCUUUAGAGAUUUGUUCUCAAAAUCAAAGUCCUACUAUGAGUAGCCAUUCCAAAGAAAACACCAAGCCUCUAGUUCUUGGUAGUAAUCUGCCUCUUGCUCCACCUUCUAGUCAGUUCAACGUGUCACUAGCUAAGCCCUUUGAACAAGCUAGGAGUGAAGAUGUAAUGAGUGUGUUGAAUGAAUUGUCAAACAAAAGAAAAAGAAACAUUGUUGUUGUAGGAGAGUGUCUAGCUAGUGCUGAGAGUGUGGUUAGGGGAGUGAUGGAUAAAUUUGAAAGAGGCAAUGUUCCAGGAGAGUUGAGGUAUGCCCAAUUCAUUAGUCUUCCUCAAUUUUCUCUGAGGAACCCAUCCAAAGAAGAUGUUGAACAGAAGCUAAUGGAGCUUGGGUGCCUUGUGAAAAGCUAUAUUGGCAGAGAGGUUGUCCUGUAUUUGGGAGAUCUCAAAUGGAUUGCUGAGCUGUGGUCAGCUUAUGGUGAAGAAAGGAGAAACUACUACUGUCCUGUGGAGCAAAUAAUCAUGGAGCUUAAAAGAUUGGUGUGUGGAAUUGGGGAAACCGGAAGAUUGUGGCUUUUGGGGAUUGCAACUUUUCAGAGUUACAUGAGAUGUAAAACAGGUCGCCCUUCUCUGGAGUCUAUCUGGGAGCUUCACCCUCUUACUAUCCCACUUGGUAGCUUGAGCCUAACUCUUAACCUUGAAAGUGAUUUUCAAGCUCAGGUGAGAAGCAAGGUAUCCAAUAAUGGGGCUGGCUGGCAAAUGCUAGAGACAGGAUAUGAUAAGCACCUAACUUGCUGCACGGAUUGUGUGAUCAAUUUCAACAGAGAAGCUCAAAGCAUUGGUAGCAGCUUUCGUAAUAAGGAGACUACCACAACUAUUUCCACCAGCUCAAACUUGCCUUCAUGGCUCCGACAGGAGAAAGAAGACCGCAGAAAAGACUCCGGCAGUGAUCAGGAAUGUGUCACUGUCAGGGAUCUGUGCAAGAAAUGGAAUUCAUUCUGCAGUUCAGGCCAUAAGCAACCCCAUUUUGCUGAGAAAAGUAUCUUUUUGACUUCAUCAUCUCCUUCCUCAGCAUCAAUCUCUUUGCAUGACCGCAAACCUAACUUGCAUCAGACCUACCUAAAUUGGCCACACACCUUUGAAUCCAAGCUGGUGCAGAAAGAAAAGCCGUUCUGGGUAUCUGAAAUUAGUGAUGAAAACAAUGAGAGCGAUAUAAGAAUGUUCAUGCCUGAGAGAAAUGCCCCUAAGCCAGACCUUCUGUCAAAUCCAAAUUCUAGCCCUAACUCAGCAUCUUCAAGUGAAGUAAUGGAAGACAUGGUUGGCCUUCAUAUGUUCAGAGAGCUCAAUGCUGAGAACAUGAAGAUACUGUGCGAUGCAUUAGAGAAAAAGGCUUCUUGGCAGAAAGACAUAAUUCCUGAGAUUGCGACAACUAUUCUUCAGUGCAGGUCUGGAAUGAACAAAAGGAAAGGCAAUGCGAAAGAUAGAGAGAACAAAGAAGAGACUUGGCUGUUCUUCUUAGGUGCUGAUAAUGAUGGCAAAGAAAAGAUUUCAAGGGAGCUAGCUAAACUCGUUUUUGGCUCUCCUAGCAACUUUGUUUCCAUUCCUUUGAGUAGCUUCUCUUCAACUAGAGCUGAUUCAAGUGAAGAAUCCAAACAUAAAAGGACAAGAGAUGAACUUGGUUGCAGCUAUCUUGAAAGACUUGGUGAAGCCGUGAAUGAGAAUCCGCACCGAGUGUUCUUCAUGGAAGAUGUGGAUCAAAUCGAUUACUGUUCUCGAAAGGGUAUUCAGCAAGCAAUUGAAAGUGGAAGAAUAACUGUUCCAGGUGGUGAAACUGUUUCUCUUAUGGAUGCCAUUAUCAUUUUCAGUUGUGAAAGUUUCAGUUCAGUGUCUGGAGCUUGUUCUCCACGAAGAAGACAAAAACUUGCUGAGAAUGAAGAAAAAAACAAUGAGGAUGACUCAGAGGAGAAAAGCUCAGGUGUCUCACUUGAUUUGAAUAUUGCCAUUGAAGACGACAAUGGAGAUGAACACUCAGUUGGUAACAGUGGUAUUUUGGAAUCUGUGGAUAAGAAAGUUGUUUUCAAAAUUCAAGAAUUGUAGUUUGUCAUAGGAGGGAACACUUGAUCUUCUGUUUUGGCUGAUACUUUUUGUUUUUGUUUUUACUUAUGUUUUUUUUCUUUGUCACUUUUUAAUAUAGAUUUGGGGGAGGGAUAGAAGAACAAAAUGGAAAAAAAAAAUACAGAUUUUAAAGGAUAUUCCGGUGUUAGGGGGGUAGGAUUUAGCCAUGUAGUUCGAUGUGUAUAUUAUUGUAUCUUUCAUCUUCAUGUUGCGUGUAACAGGUUGCUUCAUUCUCAAAUGUACUUUAUAUUUGGGAUUUAUGACUCUAAUUACAUCCA